AUGUCCCCCCAUCUGCAAGAGGAAGCAGAUGUAACUCUGGACUCAGACACCACCAACCCCUUCCUUGUCUUCUCUGAGGACCUAAGGAGUGUCCAGUGUGGGAAGAUCUGCCAAAACCUGAUGGAAGAUCCCCAGAGAUUUCUAAGGCGUUGUGUCCUGGACACUCCAUGUUUCUCCUCUGGCUGCCAUUACUAGGUAGAAGUGGGGAAGAGUAAUGAGUGGGCUCUGGGAAUCUGCAAAAAAUCGGUCGACAGGAAGAGGAAGAGUGAUUUCUCCUCUGAACAUGGCUUCUGGGUCAUCAGCAUGAAGGCUGGGACAAUAUAUACCUGCUCCGUCCCAGAAAUCAGAAUUCCUGCAAGCCCUUGCCUUAGCUGAGUCAGAAUUUUUCUAGACAUUGAGUUGGAAGAAAUCAAGUUUUUUGAUAUUGGCCAUGAUGCCCUCAUCUAUAUCAACAGUAAUAUUUCCUGUUUGGAGCCUUUGUGUCCAUUCUUUUGUCCUGAGUUGCCCAGAGAAGGCGGUAAUGCUGCCCUCCUGACCAUCUGUCCAUCAGAAGUUCAUCCCUUUCUAGACUCCUCCAGUGAGAUGAAUGAGAUCUUCCAUGUUAAAAACAUCAGAAUGACCAAAGAAGAGGCAAUUUGGUAG